AUGCGGGCCCUCAGCCUCCUCGCCGUCUGCCUGGGCCUGGCGGCCGUGGCGACAGAGAAACCUCAUCCUUGCAUCUUACAGGGGGUCUCCUAUGAGAUAUCGUACCCAAACCAAACCUGCAAGAAGGCGCCACUGAAGACUCCCUUCCGGCCGAUAGAGAUCCCUCCCGACGCCAAACUGCUGGGCAAGGUGGUGCUGGGGACCAACUCUGACCCUAGCAUGGGGGGGGUGCUGGUUAACUCCUGGGCGGGCGCUGUACCAGUGCUCAAGGCAAAAUACAAGCUGACAUUCACCGAAUUCGGCUGUCUUCCCAUAAGUUCCCAAAUCCACGUCGAAAACGUAGGACUGAUCUUCACGAGUUUCUACGACCUGGCGAUCUGGAUCGAGGACCCAAACGAGUUCAUUCCUCCGCCUUCCUGCGACAAAGCAGAACUUCAGCAGACGGAGAGCGAAGAGUUGAAGGAGUUCCUCAGGUUCAUAAUUUGAGAACAAUCCAAAAAUGUGUUGCUGCUGUUGAAAAUAAAGGCCUUAACUAUU